UAGGAAACACUCGCCCAAAUACUACUAUUUCUCCAAUUCGCCUUCCUCUCAUCUACAUUAUCUCCUUUCCCCUCACGAUCUACAACGUCAUCAUGUCUUCUCAGGGUCUUUUCCCUGUUCUUGUGGCCUUUGCCGGCAACUCCCAAUCCCAUGAGGUGAUACUUAUUGAUGAAAAAACCGAGUCCUUCAACGCACUCGCCACCCAUGUGUACGCCCACCUAGGCCCUCAUAUCGACGAUGAGUACCGUCCGAACGGACAAGAACGCCAUAUCACCAAGAUGUGGGUGCAAUGGAACCAAGUGAAGACGAACGAAUUCCCCCUCAAAACGUAUUUCUCAGACACCAAUAUCGGUGCGCUCCUGCACCUUUUGGCUGCUCGAGGCGGCGUCGAUAAGGUCUAUGCAUGGCUCAAUGAAAUUGACGACCCGGAAGAAGAAUAUGACGACCCGGAAGAAGAAUAGAAUGCUCUGUCCCUAGGCACUGCAGGAUGUUGUGAGCUGGUAUCGGAGAUACCUCACGUGGGAUUAGAUCUCUUAGAGAGCGUGCAAGGCGAGCAGAUGAUCAUAGACGAAGAUGUCAAUUCACAACUCGAGCUAUGAGUCGAAGAUAGCUUUCAAGUUUCAACCUCAAUUGCUCGACGAGCCACCCCCACCCAUCCAUCUGCAGCUGCGGGCGCUGGGAUCUCAGGACACGUCCGUCUUCUGUCCGGACGCCCGCAUGCUCGCGAAACCGUGAUCGCGAUUCGUGACCGCCAUCGCAGGUUUUCGUAUUAAGUCGUGUCGUCGAUCCAUCGUCCCAAUAUCAACGUCCUGCGACUGAACUUUUCAUGAUGUUAGAUUGCUUCAUCACGGGAGAUAGCCGCUUUCGGGUUAGAGAAUCAAUCGUGAAAAUUAAUUGGAG